UAUAGCGAGAGCCAAGCAGAGGGAGCAGCCAGUGGAACCAUGGGCACUAUGCUGUGCGCUCUGAUUCUCUGGUCUGGUCUCCUGGGGGCUGCCAGGGCGAGCCCCAUAUCAGUUCCCCGUGAGUGUGCCAAGGGUUCGGAGGUAUGGUGUCAGGACCUGCAGGCAGCUGCAAAGUGUCGGGCCGUGAGGCACUGCCAGGGUGCUGUCUGGAACAAGCCCACAGUCAAGUCCCUGCCCUGCAGUGUGUGCCAGGAUGUGGCCGCGGCUGCUGGCAAUGGGGUGAACCCAGAUGCUACAGAGUUGGACAUUUUGACAUCAGUAAUGAAGACCUGUGAGUGGCUUCCAAGCCAGGAGUCUUCAGUUAAGUGCAAGUGGAUGGUGAACAACCACAGCACAGCUGUCCUGGGCAUGCUCAGUGGCGCUCCGGGGACUGACCUGGCUCCUGUGUGUACUGCGCUCACCCUCUGUGAACCAUUACAGAGGCACCUAGCCGAGACUACCUCAGAGAGACCACUGACCCAGGAGGAUGCAAAUGAGGUGAUGGCCCCAUUCUUAUCCAACGGGGCUCUGAGCUUCCACCCAUCACAGAUGCCUGAAGGUGCCGUGUGUCAUGAUUGUGUCCAGCUGAUCUCCUUGCUCCAGGAUGCUCUAAAGUCUAACUUGACCUUGGCAGAGGUAACUGUCCAGAAUCAGUGUCAGUCCAUGGGGCCUGGCCUGGCUGCCCUCUGCGAGAACUACAUCCACCGGCAGUUUGUCCCUGCUAAGCAAACACUGCAGAGUCUCCCCCCACAGGAGGUCUGCAGGAAGGGGGGCUUCUGUGAGAGAGAGUCUGCCCACUGGCUGACUCGAGUGGCCGCUGUGGAUGGAGUCCCCUCUCUGGAGAUGGAGAUGCCAAGGACGAAUGAGUUGCAGAUGCAGUUGGGCCUGACAUGCGAUGUGUGCUUGAACGUGGUCCAGGAGCUGGACAAGUGGCUUGUGACCAACAGCACAGAAGCUCUCAUCAGCCACACACUGGAGCGAGUGUGCACUGUAGUGCCCGAGUCUCUAGUCCAACAGUGCAUCACCAUGGUGGACACCUACAGCCCUGAAUUGGUACAGCUCGUGUCCAAAGUCACCCCAGAGAAAGUAUGUGAGACCAUCAAGCUGUGUGGCAGCAAAAGGUGGGCCAGGUCCAUCUCCAGGGCUGUGGCAACCACGCCCUCCCUGCCGGUGGAUGAGGAAAACCAGGGCAGCUUCUGCCAAGGGUGCAAAAGGCUGCUGGGCAUGUCUUCCCAGAAUCUGGACCACAAGAGCACCAAGCGGGACAUUCUGAAUGCCUUCAAAGGUGGCUGCCGGAUCCUGCCGCUGCCUUAUGUGCUGCAGUGCAACCGUUUUGUGGCCGAGUAUGAACCUGUGCUCAUAGAGAGCCUCAAGUUCAUGAUGAACCCCACGGACCUAUGCAAGAAGAUGGGGGCCUGCCACGGCCCUAAGACUCCACUUCUAGGCACAGAUCAGUGUGUCAUGGGCCCCAGCUUCUGGUGCAAGAGCCCAGAGGCCGCUGAGAUGUGUGAUGCCCUGGAACACUGCCAGCGCCUCGUGUGGAAAAAGCCCAUCUCCAAAACCAACGAGCAGCCAUGACCGUGGCCACCAGAACCCAAAGUCUGCCCACCCGCAGGCUUCUGCCUCCCAAGGGACCCUAUGAAGUGGGUGUUACCCCCAUGUCAUAGAUAAAAAACUGAGGCUCUGAGCAGGUAGGGCAGAGCGGAGCUGACAUUCAAAACCAUGAUUUCCUAAAGCUGGGCAGUGUCGUCUUUCUGUCUCUGCCCUAUCUCUAACAAACAGAAGGCCCCCUCCACUCCUGCUACAAAUGGGGAGUCUUCUUCCCCCUUGCCCCAGUAAGCCACCCCUCCUGUCAUGCUGUGAUGCUGAUGUCCUGGAGAAACCUGUCAGAGGCCUCCCUUACAGGGUGAGAGCAGGUAGGUAAGGGUAGGUAGGUGGAGGGGACCGUCACUAGUCAGUAUAAUGGCUCUGGGUGGAAAUUGGGUAUUCUCAGGCUAGGAUCUCUCCAGCUGGCUCCCAGUGGUGCAGCUGGGACAUGAGUGGCUCUGGACUUUUCUGAGGGAGGGUCCUGAGCCAUUGGCUACUACCCAAAAGGGAUACUUGGACUAUAUAUGACUCUUGCCCAUAUCCUGUCCCACCAAGAGGAGUUUGUCUACUCACCCAGAUACGAGCCAUUCUGGUGCUAAGCAAUCUGGGGUGUACUUAAAAUCAAAAAGAAAAAAAAAAACCCUGCUGGGUGAGCCCUGGGGAAAGCCCUGAGGGGUGUGGAAUGGCAGUAGCAAGAGGUCCACCCUAGUCAUCUGCUGAGCCUCAGUUUUCUAAUCUGUAGACUGGGAGGAUCAUGCCUGCCUCAUAGGGAUGUUAAGACAGUUUUAAGAGAUGUCCUCAAGUUCUUUCACUUAGAGACUAGCACCCAGUGACCUACCAGGAUCAGCAAAACCUAUCUUGGGGAUCGAUAGGGUCUCUGGGGAGCCUGAUCAAACAAGUUUAUAUAAACUAGAUGCUUUC